AUGUGUGUAUUUUCAACAGCAUUAUUGUAUAAUAACAGAAUUCAUCAUCAUCAACAACAGCAACACUUUAAUUUAAUAAAUUAUAAUUGGUUUGAUGAUGAUGAUGAUGAAAUAAUUAUUUCAAAAAUAAUUACAAAUGAAAAUUAUAAUCAAAUAAAACCACCAUUAGAAUUACCAUCAAAAUCAGUACAACAUUCCUCAGCAUCCAAUUCCGCAUCAUCACAUCAUCAACAAUAUCAACAACAACAACAACAACAAUGUCCACAUUCAGAUGAUCAUCAUAUAUUAUUACCAUGUAUUUGUAAUAGUAAUAAAAAAGAAAUAAUUUGUCGUGGUGGUGGUUCAACAAUAUCUGGUUCAGCUUCGGAACAAUUACAAAAUACAUUUAUUUAUUAUGCAAAAUGGAUACCACAAGAAUUACAAUAUUUUGAUUCUAUUUAUAUUAAUUUAAGAAAUUUAACAAAAUUAGAUGAAAAAUUAUUUAAUGGUAUAAAAUUUUCAAAUUUAUUAUUAAGUGGUAGUGAAUUAACAUAUUUACAUCGUAAUACAUUUUUGGAUACGGAAAAAUUUAUUUACACUGUAUUUAUUUAUGGUACUAAUCUAAGUUCCGAACCGAAUGGUCGAUUUGAUUUUUUUGCUUCAAUACGGAAAUUAAUCAACCUGCAAAAAUUGAUUAUUUAUCAAAAUAAUUUAACUGAAAUACCUGAAAGAGCAUUUACACAAAAUGAUUUAAAAUCAAUAAAUAAUGUUACUGAUAAUAAUGAAACAUUAUCGAAUAAUGAACAAGAUGUUCAUGAAUUACAAUUAACUGAAAUACAAAUUACAACUGGUAAUAUUCGUUCAAUCGGUACGGAUGCAUUUGCUGAUCUAUUACAUUUAGAACAAUUAUCAUUAAGUAAAAAUCAAAUAAAUUUCAUUCAUCCAUAUGCAUUUCGUAUGAAUAAAUCAUCAAAUUUAACAUUAAUGAUUGAUUUAACUGAUAAUGAUCUUAAUUCAACAAGUUUUGUACCAGAAUCAUUUUUAGAUGCUAAAAGACCCCUCAAAAUUCAUCUAGGAUUAAAUGGUUGUAAUCUAAAUCUAAAUCAUUUACCGGAAGAAAUUUUUCGUCCAUUUUUAGAUGAAAAUAUUAAAAAUAUUAUCGAUGUUGGUAGACAUUGUUUUAAUUUACAAUGUGGUUGUCGUAUGUCAUGGACAUUAUCUGAACGUUAUCGUUUACGAGUGAAAAAUUUCCGUUGUUCAAAUGAUCAAAAUCAUACUGUUUAUUUUAGUGAUUAUAUGCGUAAUAAAACAUGUCCAUUAAAUUAUCAACGACAAACUAAAUUAUCACCAUCAACAACACCAACAACGACAACAACGAUGACAACAGCAAUAAUAUCAUCUAAUCAAACAGCAUCAAACACUACUGGUGAUCAAAUAAAAGCAAAUGAAAUACCGAUUGAAUCAAAAGAUUCAUCAUCACCGUAUCGAAAUAAUUCAACAUUAAUAAUCGAUACAACAUUUAUUGAUCGUGAUCGUGAUCAAUCAUAUUGUUCAACAAAAAAAUGUUCAAAACAAGGUAUCGAAAUAAAUACCUAUAUAAAUCGUACAGUUGAUCCUUGUGAUUCAUUCUAUGAUUUUGCUUGUAAUGGUUGGGAAAGUAAACAUUUAUUAGAAUAUCUUGUACAAUUUUUAUCAAACGGUGGAUCGGAAUAUGAUAAUUUUGUUAAAGUACAAUUAAAAAUUGAAGAAAAUUUUGAAAAAUUACUUAUUGUUGAUCAAAAUUUAUUAAUGAAAAAAAAUUUUACAACAACCACCACCACAGCAUCAAUUGAAUUACCAACAUUAAAAAUAUCUGAUAAUAACGUGUUAAUGAUUGAAAAUAUUCGUCAAAUGUAUACAAAAUGUAUAACAUUAUCAACAAAAGAACCAGAUUUAAAUAUAUUAAAUAAAAUAUUAAAUGAUAUUGGUGGUUGGCCAUUAUUAACAAAAAAAUUUGAUCAUGAACAAUAUCGUUGGGAAAAAUAUUUUGAUAAAAUUAAAUAUUUAAUGAUUAAAAGUGGUGGUUUUAUUGUAUCACAUCGGAAAUUAUUAUCAGUAAAAUUGAAUCGUUUAGAAUCAUAUGCAAAUUAUAUACUUGCAACAGCCAUACAUUUUGGUGCAAAAAAUUAUCAAAAUGAAACAAUGGAUGAAAUUUGGGAAAUGAUUAAAUUUGAAAAACAAUUAGCCAAUAUUGCUAAAAAAAGUAUGGGACCAGAAUUUAUGAUACAAAGAAAAAUGGAAACAUUAGGUUGUUUAAUACAGGAAAUUGAUUGGCUUUAUAUAUUGAAUAACAUUCAACAUCAACAUCGUAUAAUGAAUGAUUCGAGUUUUGCGCAAACCAAAUUAAUGUUCGAUGUACAUUAUCUAAUUGAAUUAAGUCGUUUAUUAAUACGUACUGAUCAACGAAUUAUAUCCAAUUAUAUUGGUUGGCGUGUUAUCGAUUUGAUUGGUUAUCAAUUUGGUGGUCAAACAUUUAUUGAUAUACAGCAAAAUUUUUACAGUACUGAAUCAAGAGAAGGAUUGAAAGCAAUUAAAAAACAAUGCCUGGAACCAUUAUUACAAUCAAUACCAUACCUGAUGACAAGAAUUUAUGCUGAACAAUAUUUACCACUAAAUGCACGUACAAAUGCCCGGCAAAUAAUUGAAAUGGUUAAAAAUUCAUUUAUUGAAUCGAUGAGAAAAAAAAAUUGGAUCGAUGAACCUAAACGUGAAUUGAUUGAAAAAGUUGAAAAAAUUAAUAUCAAUGUUGGCUAUCCAGAUUGGAUUAUGGAUGAUAAAAGUUUGGAAAAUUUUCAUUCAAUUUUGAAUUAUACAAUACCGGAGAAGAAGAAAAAUUCUACAUUAACAUUAAUACAAUAUUAUUCAAAAAUACAGGAAUUAAAAAUAUUACAUCUAUUAUCACAGAUUGGUGAACAAAUUAAUAAAAGUUUAUUAUGGGAUCCAUUACCAUUACAUGUUGGUGCUACAUAUGAUUAUGUUGGACAUAUUAUUACUAUUCCAAUGGGAUUAUUACAGCCACCAUUUUAUGAAGAUGAUCGUCCAUUUUAUCUAAAUUAUGCAUCAUUAGGAUCAUUUUUUGGUCAUGAAAUGGGUCAUUCAGUAACACCACGUUAUAGUGAAUUUGAUCAAUUAUUACCACCAUGGAAUAUGAAUAUAUUAAAAGAUUAUCUAUUUAAAGCACAAUGUUUUGUAUCACAAUAUACAAGCUAUUAUGAUAAAGAAGCUGAUUUACAUCUUGAUGGCACGCGUACAUUUGAAGAAGAUAUGAGUGAUUUAGCUGGUAUACAGGCUGCUUAUUAUGCAUAUCAAGAAGCAGCUAAACGUUUAACAACAAUGACCAAUAAUAAUCAUCAACAAACAUCAAAUGUAACCAAUGGUCAAUUACAACAACAACAACAAUCGAUACAUAUGCAACGAAUUCAAGAAUUACCCGAAUUUUCUAUUGAUAUGUUAUUUUUUAUAUCAUUUGCACAGAAAUGGUGUCGUUUUAGUACACAUGUACAAACACGUAUGCGUAUUUCGAAAUCGGUUCAUUCACCGGGAAAAUAUCGUGUAAAUGGUGCAUUAAGUAAUUUAGAUUCAUUUGCAAAAGCAUUUAAUUGUCCAAUUGGUUCGGCUAUGAAUCCGGCAAAACGUUGUGAAAGUUGGUAAACAAACAAAA